AUGUCAGAUAAAUUCGUUCCGUAUCAUUUACGUGAUAUUCACAAUCCUCCAGCUCAUCUCGAUGCCACGCAAAAAUCGAAUUGGAUACGUACAGCACAAAAAGCAAAGAAAAAUUAUCAACACCAACAACAAUAUCCAGCAUUUAAUUUACCAACAUCAUCUUAUGAAGUUGUAUAUGUAAAUAAAUCUACAACAUCUGAAGCAUUGCAAAAAUUAAUUGAUCAUGUACGGCAUUGCCAUGAAUUUUCAUUUGAUACUGAAGGUGAUCGAUCUAGCAAGCAAUUAGCAUUAAUUCAAAUUCAAACGAUA